GGAGAGGCCGCGCGUGCGCCCGGACCCGGACCCGGACCCGAACCCGAACCCGAGGCUCGCCGGCUUCCGUUCGCUGCGGGCCCGGUGGUGGCAAGGAGGAGGGAGAAAAGUUCUUCUCCUGAACCUCUGAGGAUAGGACACACAGCAACCGGCUUAAGCAGGAGUGUGUGUUGGUGACUCUGCCACUGAAGUUGCCUCCAUGGAUCCUGCUGCUGUCUCACCCAGCAGCAGCUGCUCCAGUGCCUGGCUCCUUGUGCUGCUGGGGGCGCUGGGGACAGCUCUGCUUGGGGCAGCUCACAAACUGGGGCUGAUCUACCAGCUUUGGCAUAAGACAGAGCCAAAGAGUACCCGGCACGGAGGAGAACUUGUUGCAGAGGUCCUGAAGGCCCAUGGGGUGCGCUACUUGUUCACACUGGUAGGAGGCCACAUCUCGCCCAUCCUGGUGGCCAGCGAGAAGCUGGGCAUCCGCGUGGUGGACACAAGACACGAGGCCACAGCUGUGUUUGCUGCCGACGCAGUCGCCAGGCUCUCAGGGACAGUCGGAGUCGCCGCAGUAACAGCGGGACCUGGGGUAACCAACACUGUGACAGCUGUAAAGAAUGCCCAGAUGGCCGAAUCCCCGGUGCUGCUGAUCGGCGGGGCAGCUGCUACACUGCAGAAGGGCCGGGGCGCUCUCCAGGACAUUGACCAGCUGUGCCUCUUCAAGCCACUCUGCAAGUUCUGUGCGUCGGUGAGGACUGUGCGGGACAUCGUCCCCACGCUGAGAAGAGCCAUUGCAGCAGCACAGUCCGGCACCCCAGGCCCUGUGUUUGUGGAGUUCCCGAUCAAUGUACUCUACCCAUACCACUUGGUGGAGAAGGAGCUCGGCUUCAAAGAGACCCCUAGGGGGCCUCUAGGUGGAGUCCUCAACUGGUACCUAUGCAACCACCUCAGGAACCUGUAUGCAGGGGCCUGGGAGACAAGGGACUUCUCCCCCCUUCCCGUGCAGGUGCCACAGGCCACAGCAGAGCAGGUGCAGCAGUGUGUGGAGCUGGUCAGCCGUGCCAAGAAGCCUGUCAUGCUCCUGGGCAGCCAGGUGACCCUGCCCCCAACGCCUGUGGAGAAGCUCAGGGAAGCCCUGGAGGCCCUCGGCAUCCCUUGCUUCCUGGGUGGGAUGGCCAGGGGCAUGCUGGGAAGGGACAGCCCACUACAUAUCCGUCAAAACCGCCGAGAAGUGCUGAAGGAGGCUGACCUGGUCAUUCUGGCAGGCACGGUGUGUGAUUUCCGUUUGUCCUAUGGCCGCGUGCUGAGCCGGCGCAGCACAAUCAUUGCUGUCAACCGGGACCGUGCCCUGAUGCUGUGCAAUUCGGACAUCUUCUGGAAGCCCCGCAUGGCCAUCCAAGGAGACGCUGGCUCCUUCCUCCUGAGCCUUUCCCAAGGCCUCAAGAGUUACUCACCACCUCAGGACUGGGCAACGAGUCUGAAGGAUGGCGACCAAAGGAAGGAGAAAGCAAACCGAGAGAAGUCAGAAGAGCCCACGGAGCAGCACCUGAACCCACUCAAGCUCCUACACCAUGUGGACAACUUGCUGCCUGAGAACAGCCUGCUGGUCGCAGAUGGGGGUGACUUUGUGGGGAGCGCUGCCUACAUUGUGCGGCCCCGUGGGCCCCUGCGCUGGCUGGAUCCGGGAGCUUUCGGGACACUGGGUGUCGGGGGAGGAUUUGCUCUCGGAGCCAAACUCUGCCGGCCGGAUUCUGAGGUCUGGAUCCUCUACGGAGACGGCGCCCUCGGCUACAGCAUCAUGGAGUUUGACACCUUCGUCCGUCACAAGACGCCUGUCAUUGCACUGGUGGGGAAUGACGCCUGCUGGAGUCAGAUCUCCCGUGAGCAGGUCCCCUUGCUGGGCAGUAACGUGGCCUGCGGCCUGGCCUAUGUGGAUUACCACCUGGUGGCGGAAGGCUUAGGAGGGAAAGGUUUCCUACUCUGCCGCCAGGACGAGACCUUCAUGGACAACAUCAUCCUGGGGGCACAGGAGGCCUGCAGGCAGGGACACCCCACCCUGAUCAACGCCCUGAUCGGCAGAACCAGCUUCCGGGAGGGCUCCAUCUCUGUGUAGGGCUGGGGCCAGUCCCGGCAGCGCUCCCUGCCCAUGCCAUGGUGCAGCAGCCUGCCUUGGGCCCCCUACAGACACCAGCACAGUACCCCUUUCGGUGUUUAGUUCAUCAUCCUCCUUGUUCUGGCCCCAGAGCUGCUGCAGACUGACACAGCCAUCCCUACCAGGGACUGGGGUCCUAACCAAAGCCCAAGCCCCUCAACCGGAAACUGGUGCCAGGACGCUGGCUAGGAGGGAUCAACAGGGCAGCAGGGACAAGGAAGCUUCUCUCAGUUCAGCACUGGGCAGGUGCCUAUUUCUGUGGGGGAUGGGCAUUGUGCUUUGGCAAGCUCCUGCCAGUAGUGAGAGCAGCUGCAGGGAUCUUGUUCUGGUGACAGCAGGGGGUUUUGCUUUCCAACUGGGCAGUGGGGCUGAAUUUGAGGUCCUGGGCGCUGAGGGGUGCGGGUGGGGCAGCUUGUUGCCCAGCUCUGCAAGCCAGGGUCGUUGGCUGGUGACUCUCUCUGGGGCAGGAGCCUGGCCUAGGCCUAACGUUUGGACGAAGUGGCGCUGCUGAGCCCUGCUGUGAGUCUUGGUUGAGGGAAAGCUGGCGGGAUUCGCUCCAGAUCCACCAGGGCUGUGAUUUCCCCCAAAACCCUACGAUGCACUACCAGGGCAUCUCCCUGGCUGACCAGCCCAGGGACCCUGCUGCCCCAGAGCCCCAUCACGCAGAAAUACAUUUCCUGAACAGCUCUGGGCAAGGCCCGUCACCAUCAUGCUCUCCAGCCCCAUAGUCAGGACCAUGAGCUGCCAUUGCACUGCCACUUCCCUGCCAGCCUCCAGCUGCUGCCACACCUAGGAGCCUAGGGAGGGCCUGCAUGUUCAAAGGGCACAGGCAGGGCCAUGCGUGCUGCUGCUCCCAGCCCCAGGUGCCAAGCUCUCCAUUACCGUAGUCUGAGGUGGUGUGGUCAGGCAGGGGGGGUGGUACUCGGUUAACGGGGAUGUUAACAGAGCGGUUCCCUCUCUCUCUCCAAGCACACGCACUCCACCCACAGGAGUUAUUCCCCCAACAAUAAAGAGAAUGAUGGCACCAGGCAAAGUGUGGCUCUAUAGCUGCUCUGUGGGAAGGGCGCCACCUAAUGGUUAACACGGGGGGUUGACAGGAUUGGUGGCCUAGAGCAGGGGUGGGUAAACUUUUUGGCCUGAGGGCAACAUCGGGGUUCUGAAACUGUAUGGAGAGCUGGGUGUAGUGUAUUAAAUUGCUCCCCCUAGGAAUUGGCUACUUACGGUGUACUACUUACAGCUGCAAGUCCUGGUGCUCUUAACACACUACACCCUGCAGUUCUCACAGCCGCACUGCCCAGCAUGAGCUCACAGCCCCGCCACCCAGAGCACUGGUGGCACGGCGAGCUGAGGCUGCAGGGGAGGGGGCUAUCCGGGAGUUCAAGGGCCCGGCAGGACGGUCCCCCGGGCCAUAGUCCGCCUACCUCUGGCAUAGAGGAUAAAUGGGAAGCUGUAGAUGUGAUGUGUCUUGAUUUUAGUCAGUCUUUUGACACUGUCCCACAUAGCAGUCUCAUACAAAAACUGGGGAAAUGUCAUCUAGCUGAACUUACUGUAAGUUGGGUGCACAACUGACUGAAAGACAGUACCUCAAAGAGUAGUUAUCAAUGGUUUGCUGUUAAACUGGGAGGGCAUUGUUAGUAGGGUCCUGCAGGGUCCGUCCUGGGUGUGGUACUGUUCAGUAUUUCAGAGUAGCAGCCGUGUUAGUCUGUAUCCGUAAAAAGAAAAGGAGUACUUGUGGUACCUUAGAGACUAACAAAAUUAGAGGAUAAGCUUUCGUGAGCUACAAGUGAGCUGUAGCGCAAGAAAGCUUAUGCUCUAAUAAAUUUGUUAGUCUCUAAGGUGCCACAAGUACUCCUUUUCUUUAUUCAGUAUUUGACUUGGAUAAUAGAGAGGAGUGCUAUCUUAUAAAAUUUGCAGCUGACACCAAGCUGGAAGGGGUUGCAAGCAUGUUGCAGGACAGGAUUAGAAUUCAAAACAAUUUGGAGAAUUGGUCUGAAAUUAGCAAAAUGAAAUUAAAUAAAGACCAGUGCCAAGUAGUUCAUUUAGGAAGGAAAAAUCAAAUACAAACCUACAAAAUGGGGACUGACUAAGUGGUAAUACUGCUUCAAAGGACCCAGGGGGUUAUAGUGGAUCACAAACUGAAUAUGAGCCAACAGUGUGGUGCAGCUGUGAAAAAGUCUAAUAUCAUUCUGAGGUGUAAGAAGAGGAAUGUCAUGUGUAAGACAUGGGAGGUAAUUGUCCUGCUCUACUAAGCACUGGUGAGGCCUCAGCUGGAGUACUGUGUGCAAUUUCAGGCUGCCACAUGUUAGGAAAGGUGGACAAACUGGAGAGAGUCCAGAGGUGAGCAAAAGAUGAUAAAAGGUUCAGAAAACCGGACCUGUGAGGAAAUGUUAAAAAACUGGGCAUGUUGAGUCUUGGGAAAAGAAGACUGAGGAGGAACCUGUUACCAGUCUUCAAAUGUGCUAAGAGCUCUUUUAAAAAUGUCUGUGAUCAAUGGUUCUCCGUGGCCAUUGAAGGCAGGAGAAGUAGUAAUGGGCUUAAUCUGCACCAAGGGAGCUUGAGGUUAGAUGUUAGAACAUUAGAACGGCCAUACUGGGUCAGACCAAAGGUCCAUCUAGCCCAGUAUCCUGUCUUCUGACGGUGGCCAAUGCCAGGUGUCCCAGAGGGAAUGAACAGAAGAGGUAAUCAAGUGAUCCAUUCCCUCUCGCUUAUUUCCAGCUUCUGGCAAACACCAUCCCUGUCCAUCCUGGCUAAUAGCAAUUGAUGGACCUGUCUUCCAUGAACUUACCUUGUUCUUUUUUGAACCCUGUUAUAGUCUUGGCCUUCACAACAUCCUCUGGCAAAGAGUUCCAGAGGUUGUGUGAAGAAAUACUUCCUUUUGUUUGUUUUAAACCUGCUAUUAAUUUCAUUUGGUGACCCCUAGUUCUUGUGUUAUGAGAAGAAGUAAAUAACACUUCCUUAUUUACUUUGUCCACACCAGUCAUGAUUUUAUAGACCUCAAUCAUAUUCCCCCAAGCUGAAAAGUCCCAGUCUUAUUAAUCUCCCCCCAUACGGAAGCCGUUCCAUACCCCAAUCAUUUUUGUUGCACUUUUCUGAACCUUUUCCAGUUCCAAUAUAUCUUGUUUGAGAUGCGGCGACCACAUCUGCACACAGUAUUCAAGAUGUGAGCAUACCAUGGAUUUAUAUAGAGGCAAUAUGAUAUUUUCUGUCUUAUUAUCUAUCCCUUUCGUAAUGAUUCUCAAC